UGAUGAUGUUUGGGCUUUGUAGAAAGCCCAUUAGGCCUACUAAUAAAAUAUUUUUAAAAAGGCCUGCUUCUUUCUAGAAACUGGUAAUUUUGAUUCCAAACCAGUCAACUGUUCAUCAUUUUUGUUUUGGUCUGGAAUCUAAAAUCAACCAAAUCAUGGAGGAGGUGAAGAAGGAAGUAUACUCGGUGUGGGCAUUGCCGGACGAGGAAACGGAGCCGCGAUUCAGAAAGCUUAUGGAAGCUCUAAGAUCCGAAUUCGCUGGCCCUCGAUUCGAUCCUCACGUCACCGUUGUCGGAGCCACGAAUCUGACGGCAGACGAAGCGAAGAAGAUGUUCGAAGCAGCUUGCGACGGUCUUAAGGCUUACACCGCCACCGUCGAUCGCGUCUCCACCGGAACUUUUUUCUAUCAAUGCGUGUUCUUGCUUCUCCAAUCCACCCCAGAGGUAAUGAAAGCUGGUGAACACUGUAAGAACCAUUUCCAUUGCUCCACUACCACACCUUACAUGCCGCAUUUGAGCCUGCUUUACGCCGAGUUAACAGACGAAGAGAAGAAGAAAGCUCAGGAGAAAGCUAACCCAAUCGAUAACACCCUCGAUGGCUUGAGUUUCCGGUUGAACCGACUCGCUCUCUGUAAAACUGAUACCGAAGACAAGACUCUGGAGUCAUGGGAGAAAGUGGCCGUUUGCAAUCUCAAUCCUUGAGAAAGACAAAAGUUUGGUUCUGAAUCUGUAAUAAUAUGGUCCCAUCAACGGAUUCAUGGAGGUAGAGAAGAAGGAAGUAUAUUCGGUGUGGGCAUUGCCGGAUGAGGAAUCGGAGCCUCGAUUCAGGAAGCUAAUGGAAGCUCUGAGAUCCGAGUUCACUGGCCCGAAGUUCGAUCCUCACGUCACCGUCGCCGUAUCCGCGAAUCUGACGGCAGACGAAGCCAAGAAGAUGUUCGAAGCAGCUUGCGUCGGUCUCAAGGCUUACACCGCCACCGUCGAUCGCGUCUCCACCGGAACAUUCUUCUAUCAAUGCGUUUUCUUGCUUCUCCGAUCCACUCCAGAGGUGAUGGAAGCUGGGGAACACUGUAAGAACCAAUUCCAUUGCUCCACCACCACGCCUUACAUGCCGCAUUUGAGCCUGCUUUACGCCGAGUUAACAGAAGAAGAUAAGAAGAAAGCUCAGGAGAAGGCUUGCACCCUUGAUGAAACCCUCGAUGGCCUGAGUUUCCGGUUAAACCGACUCGUUCUCUGCAAGACCGAUACCGAAGACAAGACUCUUGAGUCAUGGGAGAAAGUGGCUGUUUGCAAUCUCAGUCCUUAAGAAAGACAAAAGUUUGGUUCUGAGAGUCUGUAAUAAAAAGGCCUCAAUAAACGUGCUUUAGACCAAUGUAUCGUCUCCAAGAACUAAUAAAGAUUCGCGAGUCGCUAUACAUUAAACCAAACUUGAAUAUUUAGCGAAAAGAAACGACUUGCAAGCUUUUGUGCAAACAGUCUUUUUAUAAUGUUUCAUAACAAUUCUACAUUUGGAUCAAAAGGCCAAAGCUUCGUUUCAGUUAAUCCAAAAGGCAUUAUAGCUGUUAUGGCAUUAAUUAUAUAAUUUUCUUUUAGUCAACAAGGCCACGAUAAUACGAAUGUUUUAAAUACAUCACAUGAAAUAGUGAUCGUGGUUAAGGAUGGACAAUCCUGAUCUAGUUGCGGUUUAGUUUUAUCGGUUUUGAUUUUAUAGAAUGAAACCAAAUGAAAUUAUUAGUAAUUCGGUUUCGAUGCAAUUCGGUUUGGUCCCAAACGGUUAAUAAAAAAAACAUUCGGUUCGAUAAUCGUUUGGUUUAACCGUAGCAAAUAUCCCUUAUAUUAUAUAGUCACAUCACCUUAGACGAGUCGUGGGAAAAGACAAGAAAAUGACGGAAGAGGAAAGAGCAACGCCACUGCAACCGCCGCAAGCGCAGGACGAUGAGGAUGAGGAUGAGAAGAAGGACAUGUAUGCGGUGUGGGCGGUACCGGAAGAUGACGUGGAAGAUCGGCUUGGGAGGUUAAUGGAAGGACUAAGGUCGGAGUUCGGUGGUCCACCGUUUGAUCCUCACUUGACCCUAGUUGGACCGCAAAAACUUACGGCCAGCGAAGCCAAACGGAUGUACAAGUCGGCAUGCGAAGGUUUUAAGGCCUAUCCGGCUACCGUUGACCAAGUCUCCGCCGGAGAUUCAUACUUUCAGUGUGUGUACGUGGCUCUCCGGCACACCACAGAGGUAAUGAAUGCGGCCGGACAUUUUAUGGCCCACUUCAAACCCUUCACCGGAAAACUUUACGUGCCACAUAUGAGCAUACUCUACGGCGAUCUAACAGAGGAAGUGAAGAAGAAAGCAUUAGAGAAAGCUUACACGCUUGAUUCGGAUCUCGAAGGAUUACAUUUUCGGAUAAAUCGAGUUGCGCUAUGGAUAACCGCUGCAGACGUUGGAUCUUGGGUGAAAAUCGACGAACAUAAUCUGAUUUCUUAAAUAAAAGAAAGAAAGAUAAGAAAUAUCAUGGUUCUGGCCUUUGGGUAUAUCUCCGAUCUUGCUCUUGGGUAUAGGCUUGGUUUCAUGUUGUACGAUUCUCAAUGGUUCUGUUCAUAUUUGUGUUAUGGGUUUCGAAAUGUAUGUUUGCUUCUGUUUUUUCCUUUUUUGAUUUUGUGAUAAGACAAUGACAAUAUGAAAUUCCUGAAUUCCAUGUUAAUAUUAAUUUGUUUCUCUAGUUAAAUGGUUUGGAG